CGUGGAGUAACCUCUACGGGGAAGGUAUUCGGGUUACACUGGAAAAAAAUGAGAAAUUAGCAACGUUUAUCAGUUUAUUGUAUUGUGUUACUGUACGUCUUACUUGGCUAAACGUUGCGUUUCUUAACAGUCUGUUUGGCCGAAGAGUACAGUGUUAACGCGUACAAGGGCUUCUGAUGAAGAUGUGUAGGUAAUACUUUCAGAGCCCUGUAAGACACCAUGUCUGAAGAGGCAGUUUCAGAAAGUGACCUGGAGCCCAGCCUUAACAGUGAAGAAGAGUAUUUUGAAAAUGAGGAAGAGGAAGAUAAUGAAGACAUGGACGACGAUGAGGAUGAAAAUGAUGGUGACGAUGAAGAUGAUAGUGUUGAUCGACCUGGCAGUGCCCAGAGCAGGUCAGAAACAGCUCAGGAUGGCAGGGACUCUGCCUCAUCUACCUCCAGAGAGCCUUCCUCUGAGCCUCGAUCUCAGCCAGGAUCCUGCCCAUCUUCCAGGGCUCCCUCUAGACCUGCCUCACGCUCUCAGCCUCCCAGCCCCGAAAACUCAAGCCAGGGCAAGACGCCUUCCAGCAAAACCAAGAAACAAAAAGCCACUAAAUUAACCAAAACCCCCAAGUCAAAAGGCACCAAACCUCCUAAGCCAUCCAAGCCUGCACACAUGAGGAAAAAUAUCAGAAAGUUGCUCAAAGAGGAUCAGCUUGAGGCUGGGACCAAGGCUGCUCAGCAGGAGGAGAUGGAGAGGCGAAAACGGCUAGAGCAGCAGAGGAAGGACUUUCCUACAUCCACCCAAGGCAUCACUGACUCUCAUCUAGUGUCAACAGUGGACAGUGCGUCCCUUUUGGGUGAAGUAUCUCACUUGGUCCCUGGUCUCUUAAGUAAGCAAGAUGUGAUCUGUCUGGACAGCAGUGGUGAUGAAGAUGAAAAGGUGGAACCCAAAUUGCCUGCACUUGCAAUGAGAGAUGAUAUAAUUGAGCUCAGUUCUGGGGAUGAGGACGCCCUGCAGAUAAGCAGUGAGUCGGCUGAAGAGGACGCUGAUGGCAGCGCUGGCUCAGAAGAGAGCAGUGGGGCACACAUUAAUGAUGCUAUGAACCUACCUGAUGCUGAGGGUCGAGUGCUUGUUAAUAUCAAUCACCCUGCUGAGGAAAAAGAUGUUUAUCUUGCUCCACAGCUGGCCAGAGCUGUAAAACCUCACCAGGUUGGGGGAAUCCGGUUCCUCUAUGAUAACCUAAUUGAAUCUCUGGAGAGGUAUAAGAAUAGCAGUGGUUUUGGCUGCAUCCUUGCACACAGCAUGGGGUUGGGCAAGACACUGCAGGUUAUCUCCUUUAUUGACAUCCUGCUGAGGAACACUGAGGCUCACACUGUACUGGCAAUUGUUCCUGUGAACACUCUUCAGAACUGGCUGACAGAGUUUAACCUCUGGCUUCCACCACAAGAAGCCCUACCCCCCGACACUGACCCUGCGUUUGCCACUGGCCGGACGUUUAAAGUUCACAUUCUCAAUGAUGAACACAAAACGACGCUGGCUAGGGCCAAGGUUGUCGAGGACUGGUCAAGAGAUGGAGGUGUAUUGUUGAUGGGGUACGAAAUGUACCGCUUGUUGUCCAUGAAGAAGAGCUUUGUUAUGGGCAAAAAGAGGAAAUCAAAGAAGCCUGCAGGACCAAUCAUCAUUGACCUGGACGAAGAAGACCGACAGCAGGAACUCAUGAAAGGUAUAGAAAAGGCCAUUGCUCGCCCUGGCCCAGAUGUGGUGAUCUGUGAUGAGGGCCAUCGCAUUAAGAACUACCACGCCAGCACAUCACAGGCCCUGAAGAACAUUCGCUCUCGCCGCAGAGUAGUUCUGACAGGGUACCCAUUGCAGAACAACCUCAUUGAGUACUGGUGCAUGGUGGAUUUUGUCAGGCCUGACUUUUUAGGCACACGCCAAGAGUUCAGUAACAUGUUCGAGCGUCCCAUUUUGAAUGGUCAGUGUGUGGACAGCACACCUCAAGAUGUUCGUCUCAUGCGCUACCGCAGUCAUGUGCUGCACAGCUUACUGGAGGGCUUUGUUCAGAGACGGGGUCAUGAUGUGCUACGAGACCAGCUUCCCACCAAGGAAGAGCAUGUUAUCUUGGUGCGUCUCUCUCCCAUUCAGAGGGCACUGUACACUGAGUUUAUGAAACGCUUCCGGGAAGCAGGAAAUACUGGUUGGCUUGGUCUUAACCCGCUCAAAGCUUUCUGUGUAUGCUGCAAGAUCUGGAACCAUCCAGACGUCCUUUAUGAAGCCCUGCAGAAGGAGAAUCAGGCCAACGAGCAGGACCUGGACCUUGAUGACAUAACUUCAGCUAGCAACCCCCACUGUCCCACACCUGGAGCUGGCAUCAAAGUCAAAGUAGCUGACACAAGCAACAGCAAAGUGAACCUGCCACAACUCAAUCCUUCCCAAGAUAAAGCCAACCAAGUCAUUACAUACGAAUGGGCAAAGGACAUAAUGUCAAACUAUCGAACAGGAGUUCUGGAGAAUUCUGCAAAGAUGGUUCUGCUCUUUUAUUUGAUUGACGAGAGUGUAAGAAGAGGGGAUAAGAUUUUAAUCUUUAGUCAAAGCUUGUCCACCCUGUCUGUCAUUGAGGACUUCUUAUCAAAGAGACCAAUACCGACACCAGGUAUCACCUCCUCAGAUACCCAGAGCCAAAACUGGGUUCGGAACAUCAAUUACUAUAGACUGGAUGGGAGCACAUCUGCCUCAGAAAGAGAGCGACUUAUCAAUCAGUUUAACGACCCAGAGAACAAUUCAACAUUGGUCUUUCUCCUCUCUACAAGAGCUGGCUGUUUGGGUGUGAACUUAAUUGGGGCCAAUCGCGUUGUUGUGUUCGAUGCUUCCUGGAAUCCAUGUCACGAUGCCCAAGCCGUGUGUAGAGUGUACCGGUAUGGUCAAAGGAAACCCUGCUAUAUUUACCGCCUUGUUUGUGAUUUCACCUUGGAGAAGAAGAUCUAUGACAGACAGGUCUCCAAACAGGGCAUGUCUGACCGUGUGGUUGAUGACCUGAACCCAGUUCUAAACUUUACACGCAAAGAAGUGGAGUCUCUGCUGCACUAUGUAGAGGAGGAGCCUGACGCUGAAAAACUGUCUCUGGAAGCCAGAGACAAAUUUGAGGGAGUCAUAUACCAAGCCUGUCAACUUUACCCACAUCUCAUUACCAAGCACCCUUUCCGUCAUGAGUCUUUGCUAGUGGAUCGGAAGGAGUCCAAGCUGACCAAAGCAGAGAAAAGAGCUGCCAAAAAGAGCUAUGAGGAUGAGAAACGAGCAUCUGUGCCCUAUUCUCGCCCUUCAUAUGCCCCCUACUAUCCAUCCAGUGAUCAGACGUUGACAAACAUACCAGCAUUUACCCAGCGCGGCUGGCGCCCCAUGUCACGUUUGGAUGACAAGCCUGUAGCAAGCGUCAGGCCCAUCCAGUCAACUCCAAUCCCAAUGAUGCCUCGCCAGGUUGGCAUGGGUAUGGCUGGCUCCAGCUCUGCUGGCAGCCUGCCUGUCAACUUUCUCCAAAAAGCUGGAGUCUAUGUGCAGAGAAUUGUCACCACAACAGAUAUAGUCAUCCCAGGGGUCAACAGCUCAACAGACGUUCAAGCUCGAAUUAGUGCAGGAGAAAGCGUCCAUGUUAUCAGAGGAUCAAAAGGUACCUACAUCAGGACAAAUGAUGGCAGAAUUUUUGCGAUUCGAUCUGGAAAAAUCAGUAGACCAGCAGGAGGAGGCUCUGCUGCUUUAAGAGAUGCCCACAGUUCUGGGAUCCAUGCAGUCAGUAAUGGCUGCUCAUCUCCUGUGGAUCAGCAGCAGCGCUCUCCCAAUGGAGAGCAACGUUCCUCCUCUCCGUUAAGCUCUGAGAUUAUAAGAGAACUCAGCCGCUACACUUCAUCCACAGGUGAUGAUGCCACUGGCGUGGGAAUUGAAGCACCAUCAUCUCGAGAUGAUUCAGCUUUACCAGUAGGGGAUGGAGACAGUUCACAAAACAGUCAGACUGGAGAACUCAGCAGACAGCUCAAUACUGACCUGCUGAGUUCAGCUUUAGAGAUGCGCGGCACCAAACGAAAGAAUAGCGAGAGCCAGGUUAACGCACAGACAGGAGGCAAACACUCUUCUGCUGCAACAUGUUUCCCUGGACUGUCCAUGGGCUCAUCUGGACUCAAUUUCCCUCCCAUGGGGCUGAACUCUACUUCCCUACUGGGGAACCUAAGGCACAUGAAUCACCCACUUCUGAUGACUGGUACUGGUGGAUCAUCAUUCCUUCAGACACCUGGACAAAAUCUGACUGACCUACAGACCAUGUUUCCUUCUGCAGCCUCAGACUUACUAAGACAGUCUGCCACUGGGAAUGGACACCUUCCCACUCCCUCCUCCUCCUCUCUGUCCACUGUUUUCUCCUCCUCUUCUACCACCAUUCCUAUGUCAUCGACACCCUCGGCCGUGACCGCUGCCUCUCUGGCAUCAGGUUCUCUGCCUCCAUACUUGAUGAACCCUAAUGUGGCUGGCCUGCUUUCAUCAGGUUUUCCUCUCAACUACAGCCAGUCGCUGCUCUCUGAGCCUAGGAUGUUCCCCAGCCCUCUUCUGUCUGGGUCGCGGGGAUUCCCUGCACCUAACUCCAGCUCAUCUACAUCGAGCUUCCUCUCACAUUACAAUAAUCCAACCUCUAGCCUCUUGGGGGCAGCUCUGACUGAGCCGGACAGACAUCAGAGCACAGAGAACGGGGGCAGUAGUUCAGAUGAUGAUGAUGAUGAUGUUAUAGAAGUGACAGGGCAGUAGUGAAUUGUGGUGAACAUAAAGUACAUUAGGGACGGGAAUUUUUAUACACACGACUGAAUCGAUUAUUACAUUGAAUUGAGUGUGUUAGAAAGCGAAGCCAAGAAAGAAAGUGGGCAUUCAUUUCAGUCCACACCUUGUUAGACUGACAUUAUUGAGUAAAGUGAAAAUUCCCAUUCCUAAUUGUAAGGUUUAAAGUAACACAGAAUCAUGCACACGGACUCUCACUUCCAAAAGAGAGACGAAACCCGUACCUUAAUGACUUUACAGAGUCAGAGUAACAAAUCCGAAUGCUGAAUAUCCCAGUCUCAUUCAGCUGGAGCAAGAGGGUGUCAGACAGAGGCGUGUGCCAUACGGGGACCAGCUGAAUCUUUUGGGGGCUUUCUAAGCACAGCCUCUCCUGCUACAUUUACAAGCGUUUGCCUCGUCAUGCCGUUCCUUAGUUUCCUCCUAAUUCAGUUGAAGUUGUAAAUGUGAUUAAAAAAACACUUAAUGUUGGAUUUUCUCAUAAUAUAUUGCUGUGUUUGUGUUACUGGUACUUGUGCUGAAGAGUCAUUAACACAUCUCUGAACAGUUUUUAGUUAAUUUAUCUGGAAGGUUUCACACCAGAAUAAAUAAGCAGAUUUCAGUUCAGGUCUCUUUGGCAAUAUAUUAAGAGAAAAUCCUUCGAGGCCUAUUACCUACCUGUUAUUAAGAGCAGACAUUUUAGGCUUUCGGAGCAUAUUUUAUUCUCUAGCUAUUUGAUAGACAUUGUAGCAUCCCCCUGUUGAAAGGAUAUUAUGUGAUAGUAAAACUGAACAUGUUGAUACUUUGUAAAUAGCAGUCCUUAUUGUUUAUAUUGCAAGUCAGUACUGUGCAGUGUGUAGACUCUGGUAAUAGGGAAAUGGUUUAUUAUUACCGUGACUAUCAUGACAUAUGAUAAAAAUGUCCUUGCAUCAACGCUCGGGAAAUUUAUGUUCAACUUGAUAAUUUUCUUUUAUUUUUGUAACUAAACUGAAUGUACUUUCAUCUUAGCCUUUGACAACACAUGGACUUUGAGAUGGAAUCGGGCUGCGUUUUUUCAUUUCUAGCCUUAACUUACACCACGGGGUCUUGAGUCAUAGCAUUUACCUUAUUACAUUCUUUUUAUAAGUCCACUGGAAAAGCAACCAAGCAUUUAUAAACUCAGAACCCACUUUAAGACCGAUUCAGUGUAAAAUCACCAAGUUCAGACGCCUAAGUGGAGACAAACCGUUGUUGUACCAGCUUAAUUAUCAUCUGUCUCCUCUGUUGCAGGUUUUACUGAAGCAUCCCCGCCAUCUGUUGAGCCAUCCUAUAAUCAAUUUAUCAGAUCGUCCUUUUCUUAUCCACCAGUUUCCAAAACAACAUACAAGAUGACCUUUGUUGUUUUAACUAUUGAAACUGCUACAUUUGUGCAGCCCCUGGCAUCAUCACAGCCACCUUUCAUUACAACCAACUGUGACUUUGGCAGAAGCUGGUCAGCUGGUGUGGUGGCCUUAACAAGCUGACGGUACCAUUAAUUAGUAGCUUAUCACCUAAACGCAGUGUAAGUAGCUUCUAUCAGUGGUGUCGGUCAGUGUAGAUCUGCAGUGCUUUAGGGAGUUUAGGUCUUUGCUGUUCUCUGUAGCCUUGUGUUCCUGUGUUGUGACGACACCUCAGUCCAUUUCCCCAGUGGUUAAAUAGGCUAGAAGAAUUGAUUAGCCUGUAGGAAACGCUGAAUAACCUGACCACGGAUCGCGACAUACAGUUUAUGUACAGCUGUUUUCUUGCUGAGAGUACUGUACUCUUCCUGUGUUACUUCUUUGUCUGGAUGCUUCAUUUCUGUCAAAGGUGUCUCCACAUUUUAUUUUCCAAAAAUGUAUAUUUACGAUUUCAAGAUGGAGCUGGCACUUUGAGAAGGAUCAUAGCUGCUUCUGACCAGUACAAGGUACAUAGUACUGACCCUGUGUGCUUAUUCUCAACCUACUUAAUUUGUUGGAAACACUUAAAAUUUUGGAAAUAUCUAUACAAUAGACUCCCCACCUGCUAUUUCAAUUAUGUGCAUUUUUGUUUCAUGAGAAUAUUUUGUUUUUUUUUUAAUAACUUUGUAAUGUUAACUCAUCUAAAAAUUGUUCUCCUUUCAAUGUAAGUAUCUGAAAAUGUAUUUAUUUAUGAUGGAAAAUAUGUUUUUGUAAUUACAUUUUUUAACCUUAGGUUCUCUCUUACUCAUUCACCACCGAUCCAGUAAGAAUUUGGUACAUGCAGCCUAGGUCAAAGCAGAAUAUGACUGUGUGAUCAAUGUUAUUUUAACAAUAAAACACUCUUCUAUUACAGUGUAAA